CAACUUUCGCAGAAUCCACCUUAAAAUCUCUGCCUUAAACUGCACCAGCCCCCAAAAUAUCCAAGGGGGGAAAGAAAGGGGGGGAGAAGAGAGCAGAUUCCCCCCUCCCCCCUCCUCUCCCAUCCCUCCCCCUUCCUCCUCCCUUUGGGUUAACAAGGCCCUGCUCACUAUAUCUCUUUAUAUUAAAUAUAUAUAUAUUAGAGAAGAGCAAGGAAGAGAAUCACCUCCGCCCCCUCCUUUUUAAAUUUUUUUUAAAUUUUUUUUUUUUUGCAAGGAUUCCGAGAGCUAAGGUGGCUGCAAAGGGGAGAGCGGCGCGAGCCAAGUGGGGGAGGGUGGAGGAAACCCGGGAGAAGGCUUUCUCCAGCCCCCAAAGUUUUGAUGAUGACCAUGACUACGAUGGCUGACGGCUUGGAAGGCCAGGACUCGUCCAAAUCCGCCUUCAUGGAGUUCGGACAGCAGCAGCAGCAGCAGCAGCAGCAACAGCAGCAGCAGCAACAGCAGCAGCAACAGCAGCAGCCGCCGCCGCCGCCACCGCCGCCACCGCCGCAGCCGCACUCGCAGCAGACCUCCCCGGCCAUGGCAGGCGCGCAUUACCCUCUGCACUGCUUGCACUCGGCCGCGGCGGCGGCGGCGGCGGCCGGCUCCCAUCAUCACCACCACCAGCACCACCACCACGGCUCGCCCUACGCGUCGGGCGGAGGCAACUCCUACAACCACCGAUCUCUCGCCGCCUACCCCUACAUGAGCCACUCGCAGCACAGCCCUUACCUCCAGUCCUACCACAACAGCAGCGCGGCCGCCCAGACGCGCGGGGACGACACAGAUCAACAAAAAACUACAGUGAUUGAAAACGGGGAAAUCAGGUUCAACGGAAAGGGGAAAAAGAUUCGGAAGCCUCGGACCAUUUAUUCCAGCCUGCAGCUCCAGGCUUUAAACCAUCGCUUCCAGCAGACUCAAUACCUGGCCCUUCCCGAGAGAGCCGAACUGGCAGCUUCCUUAGGACUGACACAAACACAGGUGAAGAUAUGGUUUCAGAAUAAACGCUCUAAGUUUAAGAAAUUGCUGAAGCAGGGCAGUAACCCCCAUGAGAGCGACCCUCUCCCAGGUUCAGCAGCCCUGUCACCUCGCUCACCAGCACUUCCUCCAGUGUGGGACGUUUCUGCCUCCACCAAGGGCGUUAGUAUGCCCCCCAACAGCUACAUGCCUGGCUACUCACCCUGGUAUUCCUCACCACACCAGGACACCAUGCAGAGACCACAAAUGAUGUGACUUGCUGAGUGGAUGGCCUCCGGGACUUCCCAGAGAAGCUCUGAGAACCCAGGACUCACCUGCAUCUGCCAAACAGCCUAAGCGACAAGCUCAGAGGAACUGUCCCUGGGAUCUGGGAUCUGGGUCUCUUCUCUCUUCUCUCUCUUUCUCUCUUUCUCUCUCUCUCUCUCUCUCUCUCUCUCUCUCUCU